AUGACUGAGAAUAAAACAAAGCUAGAUCCGAAGAAAAUCUUUGCAGACCUCACGACUUUCGUUGCGAGCCUGAAGACCGACACUGGCCGGCUUGAGGUGUUUAUGCGAGAUGCGAAAAUGAUAGGCGACGCCAUCACGGCUCAGAUGCAGGCAGACGAUCACGUUUUCAAGGAUUAUCUCAGCGAACUGCAGAGUACGGCUUCCUGUGUGGACGAAAUAUCCCUGCUGCUGCCAGUGCACUUUGAGGUGUUUCUGCCCAUCCGUUUGCCCACUGCACUGGCCCCCAGCUUCGAUCAGCAGCAACGCACUGUGCAGCUGCGUCAGCCCGACAUUGAGCAUCCAUUCUUCUUUGGCAACAUGCUGAACGCCUCGUGCAUGAACCUGCUGCUGAAGCAGGAGCUGCAGCAGACCAUCGCCAGCAUUGGCCGCAUAAAAUCCUACGACCUGAGCUACAGGGCGCACCACUGCCGCGGCGUGCCCUUCAUGCACCAGAUAUUGGCCGUGGACCGUCGCAGCAAUGGGCGGCGAUGCAUUCGCUUUGACUUCGUGCUCGCGGUGCUGUUCGAGGGGCCGGUGCUGCCCCUGCCGCCGUACUACGAUGCGCCCAUCAACUACACGUGGCUCGCCUACGGCAAGAUCGAAGUCGGCCCCACCAGACACCCAGCCGAUUGGGGCGUCAUAGUGCCCAAGUGGCAGACAAGGUCACUCCUAGAUGCGAAGCGCUUGAAUGGCGUGCUGCUCCUCACGCAUCGCCUGCUGAGCACCCAGCAGUGCCAAAACUAUGCCGCUGCUGGCCCCCUGAAGCUGGGCCUUGCCACAGCCGUCCAAGAAAUCAAAAGCUUGCGAUACAAACUCACGCCCACUCCCGUGUUGGUUAUGUUGGACAUGGAUGACGAGACCACCAAUGGGAAGCAGCUAAUGAGCAUCGUGCGGCUCAUCGAUCUACUGUACAACGGACACGUUGCGUCGCACGGUGAAGCUGGCAAGGCAGACAACAUGCAACAUCCAUGCAGCGCCCCGGAAGCAAUCUACUAA